AUGGGCACGGGGCGCUCUGAGGAGCAAGGACUGCUGAGCAAGAAUGGGAUUCACCUGACAGGGCUCAGUGAACUGACAAGGGGGGAUACUCUGCUGGAGCUAUUGCUCACGAACAAGGAAGAACUGGUUGAAGGUAUAAAGACUGAGGGCAGCCCUGGCUACAGUGAUUACGAGAUGCUGGAGUUCAAAACACUGAGAGAAGUGGGAAAGACAAGAUCCAAUGGGCAGCUAGCCUGUAGGGUAAAGGGGCACAAGAAGCUGGUUGAUAUUCAUGGACUCUUUGACACCAUCCUCAAAGCACAAGGACAGUUCAUUAUGAUGUGCAGACAGUCCAGCAAGCAUGGAAGAAGGAUAGGAUUGAUACUGGGGCCAUCAGAGGACUACCAGGAUGGUCAAGGUAUGGAGCACGUGACAUCUGAGGAGGGGCUGGGGGAGCUGCAUCUGCUCAGCUUUAAAGAAGAGACAGCUUUGGGGCCUCAGACCAUUCGGCAAACUCUUCAAAGGACACUGCAGUAUUUUGAGCAUCAAGUUAUUGGUUACAGGGAUGCAGAGAGGAACUUUCACAAUAUAUCAAACAGAUGCUCCUAUACAGACUGCUCUGGCAAUGAAGAAACUGAAGAUGUCUCAGGAAUUCUCCAGUGUACAGCUAAUGUUCUUGGUUUGAAGUUUGAGGAAAUGCAAGAAAAGUUUGGGGAGGAAUUCUUCAAUAUCUGCUUUGAUGAGAAUGAAAGAGUUCUUCGAGCUGUAGGUGGGACCCUUCAAGACUUCUUCAAUGGCUUUGAUGCUUUGCUGGAGCACAUUAGAACUUCAUUUGGAAGACAGGCCACCCUGGAAUCCCCUUCUUUCCUAUGCAAAGAGCUCCCUGAAGGCAAUCUCAUGCUUCAUUACUUUCACCCACAUCAGAUUGUGGGAUUUGCAAUGAUGGGAAUGAUAAAGGCAGCAGCAAAGAAGAUUUACCGCUUGGACGUGGAAGUAGAACAGGUCGCUAAUGAUAAGUUGUGUUCAGAGGGGACGAACCCAGGUAACUGCAGCUGUCUGACUUUCCUUAUCAAAGAACAUGAAAAUGCAAAUAUCACAAAAGCACUUCCACCGGGAACUUCCCAGUCCCCUUUAGACCUGAGGAUUAGCAUCAACACCUUCUGCAGAGCUUUCCCCUUUCACCUGAUGUUUGAUCCAAACAUGCUGGUUCUCCAGCUUGGAGAAGGUCUUAGGAAGCAGCUCAGAUGUGACACUCAUAAAACUCUGAAAUUCCAAGACUGCUUCGACAUAGUUUCUCCUAAAAUCAGUGCCACAUUUGAACGAGUUCUCCUGAGAUUAUCUACGCCCUUUGUCAUUCGGACCAAACUUGAGGAUUCUGGCUCUGAAAAUAAAGAUAAGGUGAUGGAAAUUAAAGGACAAAUGAUUCAUGUGCCAGAAUCAAAUUCGAUUUUGUUUCUGGGUUCCCCCUGUGUGGACAAGCUGGAUGAACUGAUGGGCCGAGGACUCCAUCUUUCAGACAUUCCUAUCCAUGAUGCUACUCGCGAUGUCAUAUUGGUUGGGGAGCAAGCAAAGGCCCAGGAUGGCUUGAAAAAACGAAUGGAUAAACUGAAGGCAACACUAGAAUGCACACACCAAGCCUUGGAAGAGGAGAAAAAGAAAACAGUAGAUCUCCUUAUUUCCAUUUUCCCUGAAGAAGUGGCUCAGCAGUUGUGGCAGGGGCAGCAGGUUCAGGCCAGGAAGUUUGAUGAUGUCACCAUGCUGUUCUCAGACAUUGUUGGCUUCACUGCCAUCUGUGCACAGUGCACACCCAUGCAGGUCAUCAGCAUGCUGAAUGAACUCUACACGCGAUUUGACCAUCAGUGUGGAUUCCUGGACAUCUACAAGGUGGAAACAAUAGGUGAUGCGUACUGUGUUGCGGCAGGACUCCAUAAGAAAAGUCUCAGUCAUGCUAAAGCCAUUGCCCUGAUGGCACUGAAGAUGAUGGAGCUUUCAGAAGAGGUUCUCACUCCAGAUGGGAGCCCUAUUAAGAUGAGGAUAGGCAUUCACUCAGGAUCAGUGCUGGCCGGCGUUGUUGGUGUAAGAAUGCCACGUUAUUGUCUCUUUGGGAACAAUGUCACCCUUGCAAGCAAGUUCGAGUCAGGAAGUCACCCGCGCCGCAUCAAUGUCAGUCCAACCACAUACCAGCUUUUGAAAAAGGAAGAAAAUUUUAUUUUUAUCCCUCGUUCCCGUGAAGAGCUUCCAGAAAAUUUUCCAAAGGAAAUUCCUGGGAUCUGUUACUUCCUCGAGGUCAGCAGUGGUCAGAAGCCGCCAAAACCCUCCAUCACAUCUGCCAGAGUGAGAAAGGUUUCUUACAACAUUGGCACCAUGUUCCUCCGGGAGACUAGCCUAUGAGGGCUGCCGCAGAUCAAAGACUCGUCAAAAAAGCACAAGCCCAGAACUGGGUCAUGACAGGGGAGUUGGAGGUUCUUUCUAUUUCACUGCCUUGUUCUGAACAAGCAGUAAAAGCUCCAUGUAAUGUCAGGCAAUAAUCAUUUUAAAAGGUGGGUGACUGCUGUCAAUAAACAAAGUGGAGAUGAUAGGGAAAAAAAAAUUAAACAACGUACUUCCACUUCCAGAGGAAAUUCUUUCAUAAACUUCAGUCUGGCCCCUCUAUGACAAACAAAACCAAACAAACAAACAAAAAAAAACAGCUGUCAAAUUAGAGGUUGGUUUUGUUUUGUGCAGAAAGGAUGAUGGUUCUCUGUAGAUUUGCACCAGCUAAGCAGAAUUGAGAGUCAGUUCUGAUUAUGCAUUCCUACGUUUAAUGUGUUCUUCAGUAAGGUAAUAAUGUUUUUUAACUUUAUGAACAAACAUUUCAUACAUAUACUGUAGACCUGUUGUAACCUUCCUGGCAGGAGGAAUUAUAAUUCAAUACAAAUAUUGUAGGAAUUUUACCUAUUUUUAUACAUAUUUCACUUUCUGGAUAAUUACAUUCCACAUACUGUAAGCUGAGUGAGUUUAGAUUAGCUUUUCAGAAGAAGCUACUGUAUGUUUCAUACAUUCUACCUAUCAAACCUUAUUGUUAUACAAAUGGGAAGAAGUCAUUUUUUGACUUUUUUGGCAACAA